GGUUGCUAAAUGUUUACAAAACAUUAUUAAUCAGCAGUUGACGUUAUUGUUUUAGCUUGUAUGGAGACAGCCGACUUAAUUUGGAUAAUGGUUUUCGUUGCGGUGAUAGGGGGGUACAUAAUAACAUCGUUAUUGUUGUUUAGAUUCCCCGGACUUAUCCACAAGAAGAAAAACCUUAAAUUUCGAGCUCAUCACAUUAGUCAUCGCGGAGGUGCUGGAGAAAACUUAGAAAAUACCAUGACAGCAUUCCGACAUGCUGCUCGGCUUGGUACACAGAUGUUAGAAAUCGACUGUCAUAUUACUAGAGAUGGUCAGGUAGUGGUUGCCCAUGACAACAACCUCGAGAGAUCAUGUGGACAGACGAUUAAAAUAACAGAAACAGAUUCUUGUGAUUUACCCAAGAUGAAAGGUAGAAUGAAAGUUGAUUUUGAACCAAAUUUUGUAUUAGAGGCGGGUGAGGAUCGAUCUCUACCAUUAUUAAAACAUGUAUUCGAUGAAUUCCCAGAUUUACCUAUAAAUAUAGAUAUAAAAAUAGAUAAUAACGAACUUAUAGCUAAGGUGUCUGAUCUAGUCAAACUAUAUAAUAGAGAAGAUAUUACAGCAUGGGGUAAUAGAAGUGAUACAAUCUGUAAAAAAAUCUAUAAAGAGAAUCCUAAUAUACCACUGUUGUUCUCCAUGAAAAGAGUGAUUGUGCUGAUACUUCUGUUCUAUUCUGGACUUUUACCAUUUGUACCAUUAAAAGAAUCUUUACUGGAAAUCAUUAUGCCAAGUAUAAUAUUAGAUGAGAAUAAGUUUCCAAUGAGUUUGAGUAGAAAACAGAGAUUUUUGGUGAAAUUCGUAGAUAUGUUGUUAAUGAGACCAGCUCUGUUUAAUCAUCUGAACAGAAGAGGAAUACAGACGUACAUCUGGGUGCUGAAUUCAGAAGAAGAUUUUGAGAAGGCGUUUAAAUGUAAUUCUACGGGGGUCAUGACAGAUUUUCCUACAAAACUAAAAGCAUAUUUAGAUAAACAUCCAGAGUUCAUGAAUGUAUGAUAAUCGUAUUUUAUUUUAAUUAUUUUAAUUUAAUGAUGUGGAUGUGUAACUCAUAUGUAACUCAUAUCAGAGGUCGUUUUUCUUUUCUUUUUUUUAAAAACCUUUUGACUCCACUAAUUUUCCCCCUAAAGAUACAUUAUGUAAGAUUUAGAUAAAGAACUGUCCGUUCUUGCUAUAAUAGUUCAAAAAUAGAUAGUAGAUAAUGAAUAAAUUGAAAAUUUCAUUUAAAUUACUUUAUUCUGGUCGAAGUUAUGAGUAUUUAGAUAAAGAGCUGUCAGUUCUCACUCUAAUAGUUCUAAUAAGUCAUUAAAUAGCAAUCGUAUUUAAAUCCGUUUAAAUCU